AUAUGUCCAGUGUCACGACUGCCGACAUUAAACUAUGUGUCAAAAAUACAGCUGAUACGGAAUCUUAAAUGAAAAAUAUAUUGCAAUAUGUAAAAUAGUACCUCAAAAUGCAUAAUACGUUUUACAAUAAUUUAUUUAAUUUAACCCGCGCUAAUUGUCAAAACACACUCGAUCGGUCAUAGAUACUAUACCCACAAGUGAGGUUGUUAAAGUUCAGAGUUUUAUGAAAUUAUGAACUAAAAAGGUGCGGUAUGUAUGAUAAUUACGAAUUAGAAGAUCACAAAAUGAAAGGCACGCUUAGAGACUGGCGCAAGGCGCUGCGAACUCCAGCCACGUACAGAGUUGGGAACGCAGUGAGAAUACAACCACAAUUCAUGUUUUUGAUUAUGCUGCUGGGUUUUUUUCUUUUAAUUCUAUUCUACUAUAAUUGGUGUACGAGUCCACGAUCAAUACAUAUUUGGACGCAAAGUUCCCGUAUUUAUAAUACUACAUACCCUUUAACACCAGCUUACCAAACUGGUGAUGUGUAUACCUUCAGAAUAGGUAUAGUCUCUGACUUAGACACAAAUUCUAAAAGUAGUUCUAAGCCUAACACAUACCAUAGUUAUUUUAAGAAGGGUUACUUGAGCUAUGAUCCUGUAAAGAAAUAUGUCACUGUGAAAUGGGACAAUGCAAUUUUAUUGUCUUCAACUUACUCGCAUAAAGGAAGAGGGAUGGAGUUAUCUGAGUUAAUUGUAUAUGAUGGCAGAUUAUUGACUUUUGAUGAUCGCUCUGGAAUGGUUUUUGAAAUUGUAAACAACAAAAUGGUGCCAUGGGUGAUACUGUCGGAUGGGAAUGGCCAAAACGAGAAAGGUUACAAAUCUGAGUGGGCGACAGUUAAAGAUGAAAUACUAUAUGUAGGUUCCAUGGGUAAGGAAUGGACGACAGCUAGCGGACAAUUUCAGAGCUAUGAUCCUAUGUGGGUGAAGGCUAUAAACAUGCGAGGGGAGAUACAACAUUUGAGUUGGGUCAAUCAAUUCAAGGCCAUAAGGCUCUCUAUUGGCAUUAAAUGGCCAGGUUAUAUGAUACACGAGUCCGGGGUGUGGUCGGUGGUUAACAAAAAAUGGCAUUUCCUGCCGAGGAGGUGCAGCCACGAGUCCUACAAUGAAACCAGGGAUGAAGUUAUGGGCUGCAACUACCUUAUCACUGCAAAUGAUGACUUUAGUCAAGUUAAAGCUAUAGAGAUAACAAAGCACCAUCCGAAGCAUGGCUUCUCUUCAUUCAAGUUCAUACCUGGAUCAAACGAUGAAGCAAUUGUUGCUUUAAAGACAACGGAAUACGAAGGGAAAACGGCCACAUACAUUACAGCCUUCACAACGGAUGGUACGGUUCUACUUAAAGAUACUCUCGUGGAAAAUCUUAAAUAUGAGGGAUUUGAAUUUAUAUGAUUUUUUAUAAUAACAACACUAAAACAUUUACCAUCAAGCGUAACUGACAAUUAAAAAUGGACUUUAUUGGAUACGAUUUAAGAUUGAUUUCCAUAUAAAGUGAUUUUUUAAAGCGACAAAAUAGUUAAAUUCAAACAAUUUGGCUGUGCAGGCAUUUGAUACAUUGCAAACGUAAAAAAUAACACCAAUGUUUUGAUAACACUUUAUAUUAUAAUAAUAAGAUUUUCUGUUUGUUUUCACACAAAAUAAACAAACGACACAUUUUAUAUUAAGAAAGAUUAACAAUCUUUAUUGUUGUUUUGUAAAUGUGUACAUAUGUAAAUUACAACUUGUUACAAA